GUUUUGUAUGAAUUGAUGCAGCUUUUCUGCGUUCCUGGAAAAAAUGAACCAAUGUUGAAUCUGCAGUUGUUGACUUUGUAGCCUGAGAGCCCCCAAAUGUGAAACUGCGGCCCGUGAUGUGUUUCAAAAUCCAAAGUCGAUCGAGAAAAACGAACAUCAAUUCAGAUCAGAAAAUGAAAAUGUGCUUCGAGUGCUUACGCCAAGAGAAAACUGGAUCCCGCUCUCGCAACAAAUGAAGAUGAGUACUGAUAUGCCAAUCGUAUGAAGUCGGUUUUUAUCACAUCGACCAAUUCAUGCAAAUAGUUCUUACCCUACCUCCCCGACCAGCGAUUCGAAGAAAAACUAAGGUUUGGAAAUAAAACUACAAAGUACACAGAACUUGAAUUUGAUUCUCGACCCGCAAUAGCAGAUAGUUAGUUUCUUCCCCCAGUGAGUCAUUUUAAGUUUAAGUCAGUGUUGUUUGUCUACUACUCAUUCAUCCUACCCCCGAGAAAUUAUAAAGCAGCCAUGCCGCCGCAAAAGAAGGACAAGAAGAAGGGCAUGUCCCGGGCGAAGCAGGUCUCUUCCUUCGAGGCCGUGAAGGCCCGGAACCGGGGCGAGGACCCGUACGCACCGAAGGACGCGGAGAAGGACGCGGGUGAGUCCAGUUCCAGCGACGAGGAAGAGGGUGAGGACGAUCCGAAGGUGUUCAAAAAGGAGAAGGGCGCCACCCUGGCGGAUCUGAUGGACCGCCAGACGCUGAACGGGGCGCUCAACAACGAGGACGAGGCGUUCGCGGACGGUCCCAGUCGCAAGCAGAGAGAGGAAAUCGAGAAGGAAAAGAAGCGCAGAGCGUACUAUACAACUGUUGUGUUUUUCUUUUUUGAUGUUCUUUUUAACGAAGUGAUCAUAGUCUCAGUUCGGAGGUAGUCUACCUGCUAGGAAAAUACAUGAGAAUGUGGCCUCCAGGCUCGUGAACCAAAAGAAGUCAAAUCACCGUCAUCUCCAUCUCCUGCUUCAAAAAAAUCAAACAGCUACGAGAAGCUGCACCGCGAAGGCAAGACCGACGAGGCGAAGGCAGAUCUUGCCCGGUUAGCCGAGAUCAAGAAGCGGCGGGAGGCGGCCGCGAAGGAAAGGGAAGAGAAGCUGAAGGCAGAGGAGGCGAAGAAGGCUCCCGAGCGGGGAGGUAAUUCCGCCUACGUGGACGCCUUGGGCGGCGAGAAAUCGCGCAAACUCCCGGGAUCGCGAAAGAAGGACGAGUGCGGCGACAUGCUGUCCGCGUACCACACGACGAAAAAGGUGGAGGAAGUCGACCCCGCGACAGCUUUGGCCGGAAGCAUCGAAGCCUGCCGACUGGAGGAAGAUGAUUUCAUGUAAAAAGUGAUAUAAACAUCAAAGCGACUCUGUUGAACAAUGAAUUGGCACUGCUACGCUGCCACAGUAGUGAUUCAUCGGACACGGGACAACUUGAAGAUGAUGCGACGAGUUGUCUCCAACUGCAACUACCCUUCCAAGUUGCCUUGGUAGAUGAAAUCAACGCUGCACGAAAUCAGGUCACGAAAACCGGUGGACUAGGCAACUGCUGUGCUGGUACAG